AUGCCAAUCAGAAAGAUGGACCUGUACAUAAGCUACCUUAACUUAAUGGACUUAGCUGGUUCUGAGAGAGUUUCUCUGACGAAAGCUGCUGGUGAGCGUCUUAAAGAGGGGGCUAACAUAAACAAAUCUUUGUCAGUAUUAGGAAAUGUGAUAAGGCAACUAAGCGAGGGGAAGGAGUUUAUCAGUUAUCGCGAUUCGAAAUUGACUAGACUGCUCUCACAGGCUCUUGGCGAUGUAUAUGGAUCUGUAGUAAAACCUUUAGUCGAUUCCUUCAUGGAAGGUUUCAAUGCCACAAUAUUUGCAUAUGGCCAAACAUCUUCUGGCAAAACACACACCAUUUUGGGCAAUAAAACAGAUCCUGGGCUUUUCCAAUUAGUAUCCAAUCAGUUAUUCCAGCAUGUGGCAGACCAGGUUGAUAAGAGGUACUUGAUUAGAUGCAGUUAUAUUGAAAUCUACAAUGAAAAGAUCAAUGACCUCCUGGAUAAGAGCAAUCAGGGUUUAACUAUAAGAGAAGAUAUCAAAGGAAAUGUGCUGCUUGAUGCAAGGGAAGCUGUCGUAGACAAUGUUGAUAAAGUUAUGGAGAACAUGAUGCAGGGCAAGAUCAGACGAGUUGCAGCUACUCGCAUGAAUGAGAGGUCAUCUCGAUCACACACGAUUUCCGGAUUAUUCUGGAGUCGAAAGAUGCCAAUCAGAAAGAUGGACCUGUACAUAUAA